AUGACGCAAUUGAUUAGUAACUGGAGGUGGAAUAUCGAUAAAAGCCUGACGCGGGAACUAACAUGUUCUUGUUGGCGUCGCGCAACGAUCAAUCUUUUAUAAAUAUCUACGAGACCUAUCUAUGAUGAGACAAGAAGCUGAUAAACCGUACGUACCGUUGUUCAGAAUCGAGAACAAUGUACUGAUCGGCGUGGAGGAAACGUAUCCAAAAUGCACGAACGUUGCGCAACUGAUUCUCGAUAGAUUGAGAAGUAAGCCGGAUUUUGUCGGACAGGUAGAAACUAUCACGGGAAAAGAAAGCACAUAUGCGGAAAUGGCAGAACAAAGUAUCAGGUGCGCUUUGUGGUUAAAAAAGAACGGCAUUGAGAAAGGUGACAAGAUUGGCAUAUGGACUGAUAAUCACUUAAACACGUACAUACCAGUGAUAGCAAGCUUGUACAUUGCCGCCAUAAUCUGUCCUUGGGACCAUGAUGUAUCGAAAAUGUCCGCACGAUAUUGUCUAUCGCUGACAUCUCCGAAGAUAGUAUUUGUGAAUGCGGCGUCCGCCGAGAAUUUGAUGGAUGCCGCAAAAGAAGAAAAUCUCAAAGUGAAAGUUGUAGUUAUCGGCAGUUUGCCAGGAUUCGUAUCUCUGGCGGAUAUUCUUGAAGAUCAAAUUGACUCUUCGGAGAUUGACGAAUUUCUUUGCAGUGAAAUCGACAAUCCUCGCGAUUUAGCAAUGAUCUGUAGCUCUUCCGGUACAACAGGUAUGCCAAAAGGAACAGAACUAUCGUAUGUGUCUCUCUACAACAGUGUUACUCCUGUCGAAGAGAUUCAUUUAAAGAACGAAGUGUCAUUAUGGCUUCCCACUAUACGGUGGCAUUACGGCUUGACUUUGAUUAUCGAAGUUAUUCUCUCCAAUUCGAAGAGAAUCAUUAUACCGGAUAAUCUCAGUGAGAUCGAAAUAUGUAAGGUUAUUCAGAAUCACGAAGUAACAUGGUUCGGAUGUGAUACGUGUUUUCCAUUACGUUUACUCAAAUACGAUAUUUUACAGAAAUAUCCUUUGACGUGUUUGAAAAAGCUUGUCGUCAGCGGCGCACCUUUUACAAAGAAAAUGCAGGAAGCCGUUGCAAAAAUGAUGCAGCGCACCCAAGUGUUGCAAUGUUACGGAUUGACAGAUGCCGGAGGAUUGUGCGUGAGUCAGACAAGAACUAGCAAACCGGGUUCUUGCGGCUUUGUAAUUAGAGGAGUACGAAUAAAGGUGGUAGACGAAAAGACCGGCGAAACUGUAGGAGUUAACAAGAUGGGUGAACUUUGCAUAAAAUCGGAGUUCUUGAUGAACGGCUAUCAUAAAAAUCCACAACAAACUAAAGAAGUUAUUGAUUCUGACGGAUGGUUGCAUACUAAAGACAUAGUGUACUACGACAAAGAUGGUGAGAUUUACUUCGUAAGCAGGAUUUCCGAUUUUAUUAACUACGGAAGUAUCAAAUUGUCACCGGCGGAAAUAGAGAGUGUGCUCGAACUUCAUCCUUCAGUUCUCAAUGCCGCGGUAGUUCCAGUGCCACAUGAAACAGACGAAGAACAUCCGAUGGCUUUCGUUGAGAAAGUAGCUGGAAAAGAAGUAACAGCAGAAGAAUUGCAUAGUCUAGUGGAAGAGAAUUUACCGUGGUAUUGCAAACUUUUAGGAGGAGUUGUAUUUUUGGACAAAAUGCCGCGCGUCACUACUGGAAAAAUUGAUAAAAAGCGACUAAAAAUAAUGGCAAAAAGUUACGUUAGUUAAAUAAAUUAAAAAUUAA